ACUGUUCUUUGCGCGCAUUACAUUCUUGCUUUCAAAAUGGCGGCAAUUUUGUUUUGGACGAGAAUUUUGUGUAUAUUUUUAUUUUGUGCUCAAAGUAAAGCUGCUUCUAGUAACAGGACCGUCUUCGCGUCUUCUUCAAGCUCAGGAUGUACUUGUGAUCUCACUGGGAAUUUUUGCGAUACAAACUGCUGUUGCGAUCCUGAUUGCACUGCAGCGGAAAAGGAAGCUUUCACAGAGUGCAAGGACGCCGAUGUCAACCAAGACAGCAGUGUCUGUGUGUCAUCAGAGCUCCUCUUUACACAAAACACACAGUUUAAGACAAAGGCAACUGGCUCUGGUUUAUUCUGCAUCUACAGGGACAAUUAUAGCUCUAGAAAUCUUUAUAAUGAUAUCAGAAGUGCAAGCACUGCCGCUGAGUUUUCUGCACUUAAAGGCCAAACAUCCAAAGCUGUUUACGAAAAUAUAGGGUUCACACAACCUCAGCCUACAGAAGUGUCCGCCUAUAAGGCAGGAGAUCCUAUCGUACUGGUUUUUGAAAAUGGUGCCAAAGGUUUUCUUGCUCUUCCAAAGCCAGUGUUGACAAGAGAGUGUGGCRAUGAAAACCCUGCAGGAUAUUUACAAGAUAGUGAUAGUGAGUGCACAAGAGGGAUUACAGACUUGGCUUCAAAGUGUAGCAGUUUACCUUACCUGGCAGCAAAGAGCUAUUAUACAGGAUUUAAGGUUGCCAAGAAUCCCUCCCUCUAUUUUGGAAACACGACCAAUGCAACAAGCACUGUGAACAUCACAACAAGUGUUACCAAUGCUACCAAUUUUACCACUACAUCAACACGACCUGUGACAACAUGGCUGUUGAAUGACACUCUUUUGUUGGAUGUGAAUGUCACUGAGCCAGUAAUCUGCAAGAGUGAACUGGGAAUUUUGAAUGCUUGUGGAUUUAGUGAUCCUCCAAAUCCUAGCUAUGAUGCUGCUAAGAAGACUUGUAAUAAUGUAGUAUAUGAGGUCAAAUACACUCUUCAGUGGAAUAGCACUACGGACCUGACAAAGGUUGGAGUAGAAUUUGUGUUGGGUGCAUUGUCCUCUGACAAUAAUUUACCUUUUCUACAAAAAUAUUCUAUCAAAUUCCAAAAGGAGGGUAGUGAGCCAUUUCAGAGGUCAGGGAAUCCUGGUUAUAUUGUUGGUAAGCCUCUGGUAGCAGGAACACUACAAACUGAUGCAGUAACCCAAAAAGAAACAAUACAGUUAAAUAUUGACCCGGCAACAUGGUUGACAAUAGCAGGGCCAUCAGCUGAUGGUUCUUGUACGAAGUCAACACAACGAGUACCAGUAUCAUUUGGUAUUGAUGUCCGAACUGGCUGCACAAUAAGUGUAUCCCUGUCAACAAGUUUUUCGGCAUGUCAGGUUCUUCAGGACACAGCUCUCAAUGCCUUACUAAGCAGUGUACCUACACAUGUAGCAACAUUUGGCAACUCUGAUGUUAACAAAGUUGGUGAUUGGGUUAAGAUUCUCAACACCAAGCCCUCACAAAAGGUUGAAGGAGGAAAUGGUGUUUGUUCCAACAUGGUGAUGGGUUUAAAGAUCGAGGUCCUUUACACAAACUUUGGAUUCUUGGCCAAUCCACAACCCAGGGUUGUAGGUGUACAGUAUAAAUAUGACGAUCCUAAAGACAUUAAAUAUCAGUGUAUUGGUCCAUACUGCCAACUAGGCAACACAGCCUUGAAUCRAACGUUUGAAGUGGUCACUUCCGUCGAGUUCAUAGACGUGUCUACCAAACCAGACACCUUGAUUAAGCCACGACCAACAUUCGAAGCCAAGGCUCCCUCGGAUUUCUUCUACCCGUUCCUUUAGGGGCUGCUUUGGGGUUUCUCUCUUGUUUCUUGGGCGGACUGCUUGUGGUGUGGAGAGUAUUGCGGCUGGGAGAGACUGAUAGCAAGCCUCUCCCCAAGCCUUUCACCAAGCCUUCUCCUACCCUUUAUUACACAGGGAUGCCAAGCGCGUAAGAAAAGAAAAUAAGAGAAAUGCCUACGGGAGAGGCUAGGGCUGGUAUAACAUUUAAAAAAAACACAAGGUUUUGGGCGACUGUUUGCGGAAAACCAAGAUCUAUGUUUGCAAGAAAAGAUGCACAAAGUUAGGAAGCAAUGAAACAUAAAGCAAGAACUACAGUCGGAAAACGAGUGCGCGUCACUAGAUCUGUUCGAAUCUGUGAAAGCUAAUACAUAUAAUGUACAUAUGAAAGAAAUAAUUUGUAAAUAUAGACUGAGUUUGUACGUAAUUUAUUUCCGCUAUGUAAUAAAAGUUUCUUAAUAUCCA